AGUGAACAAAGAAAAGUUAAAAAUGCACAGAAGAGUUCUUCUGGGGCUGCUCAGCUUUGCUGCUCUUCUCGCCUGCGGUUAUUGUCAGUGUCAGGCUGGCUGGAGGGAGUACGAGAGCAAAUGUUACUUCUUUUCCAGCGAUACAAAGUCAUGGAUGGAGGCGAACGCAUACUGUCUGCAGCAGAACAGCAACCUGAUGAGCAUUCAGAGCAUUCAUGAGAGGUUAUGGGUGAGGACACAAAUCAGCUCAGAGAUCUUCUGGAUCGGCUUGAAUGACCGAGUAGUAGAAGGAGUCUGGGAGUGGACUGAUGGAAGUCCUUUUAUAGAAUACUUAUCAUAUUGGAACCAAGGCCAGCCUGAUAACUGGAAUGAUAAUGAGCAUUGUGGUCAGGUGGUCGGAUAUAGCUUGGGACACUGGAAUGAUGAAAACUGUGAUGUCAAAAGGAAAUAUAUCUGCAAGCACAUUAACCACGAUCCUGCUCCACAGUGCGACUUGGCCAAUGGGUGGAGGCCGUUUGGCUCCAACUGCUACAAGCUUAAGUUGGAUACGUGGAAGAACUGGAUAGCAGCCAGACAUGACUGUGUGCUGGAGGGAGCAGACAUGGUGUCCAUAACAUCAGAAGAAGAGAACACCUAUGUGACAGGAACAAUAGCAGAUUCAAACCUGGACUUUUGGAUUGGGCUCUCCUCUCUGGUGAGGGACUGCUGUGGCUCUGAGAAGCACACUGGCUUCUUAUAG